AUGGUCGGCGACACGCCGGAGCGGGCCGCCGAAAAACUGCGCGGCCAACUGGUGCCGCAGGUCAACCGCCUGGAGGACUCCAUACGGAGUCUGACCGAUGAGGCGCUGGGCGCGAAGACCGACGAGUUCCGACGACGGGUGGACGACGGCGCGUCGCUGGACGAUCUGCUCCGGAGGCCUUUGCGGUGGUGCGUGAGGCCGCGCGCCGCACGCUGGGUCAGCGGCACUACGACGUGCAGCUGA